AUGUUUUGUUGUGGUUAUGGAGCAUUGAAAACAUUAAGCACAGCUUGGAAAUACUUUUGCAGCAGAAAUCUCUCAGCCAGCAUUAAACGGAUGAACCGAUUAACAGAAAACCAUCUAUUCGAUAUAGAUGGAAGCGUUCUGGAAGGGGGCGGUCAAAUCUUGCGGAUGGCAUUAUGCUUCAGUGUGCUCACCAAAACGCCGGUACGCAUACGAAACAUUCGGCAAGGCCGUAAAAAACCUGGACUAGCAGCACAACAUCUGGCCGGCGUGGAGCUGAUGCGAGACAUCUGCCAAGGUCGGGUGCACCAAGCUGCACUGGGGUCAACGGAGAUCGAGUUUUACCCGGGGCACAUCGGACAUGGAAGAUUUGUCGGACACAUACAGACCGCAGGAAGUAUAGCCUUGUUGCUACAAGCUACACUACCCGUGGCCAUAUUUAGCGCAGGUCCAGUAACGCUGGAUUUGCGUGGAGGUACAAACACGGAUCUGGCACCGCAGGUGGAUUUCUUGACGGAAAUAUUUCGUCCCAAUAUGGAGCGAUUUGGUGCCAGCUUUGAUUUUGAUUUGAUGCGCAGAGGUUAUUUCCCAAAAGGUGGAGGACAGUGUGUGGUGGAAGUAAGACCAGUACAAUCACUACGUCCCAUCAGUUUGGUAGAGGUGGGCACAGUGAGCAGAUUCUUUGGAUGGAGUUUCGUCGCUGGUGUGUUACCGUUGAAGAUUGCACAUGAAAUGUCCAGUGGCGCAAAAUCGAUCCUCAACCAAAUUACCGGCAGCAGAGCAGAUAUUGAAGUUUAUAAAGAAAGUGUAGACAUGGCACCGGAGGGAAAUUGUUCGGGUAUCAUCGUCGGCUGUGAAACGAGCACCGGAGCCAUCCUAGGCGGUUCCGCACUCGGUGAGGCAAGGAAGAAAAGUUCUCAAAGUGGCGAAGAAGCAGCUCGUGAAAUUCAUAGCGCCCUGUCGGUUGGUGCCUGUGUGGACCGGCACGUGCAAGACAUGAUGAUUGUUCUAAUGGCCCUGGCGGACGGAACAAGUCGCAUCCGCACCGAACCACUGACAUUGCACACCAAAACUGCAAUCUAUGUGACGGAGUUAAUGACGAAGGCUAAAUUUAACAUAAUUGAAGGAGACGGCCGAAAUGUAAUCAUCGAAUGUGCUGGCAUAGGUCUGCGCAAUGUAAAUCUUCUUAACACCUCAAGGACGCACUGAGGUUCCAAUUUCCAAUGAUUCCAAUUCGGGGGUAGCGAUCUACCUGUAACCUCUACUAAACCAGACACGCGUCGCCUGUCAGCUGUUUCCAAGAGGAUCCAAUACUCCAUCCAUCACAACUUGUUCCUGCUGGUGGUGUGCGGAUAUAUUGUAAAACACUCUGGGAUCGUCCAGUGGAAUUCUUUCGCAAUUAUCAAUCCAUGCGAGCCUGAGAAGUAUUACCAACUGCACAAUGCAUUGUGAUUCUUGAGAGCUAUUCAGACGAUCAAUCGAGAUUAGCUUUUUUCUAUUUAAAUCGUCGAUAGGUGAGAAUCUGUAGACGGAUAAAUUAAAAUUCUUCUUAGAGUGGCCUGAUGCUGCUAAUAAGCACUUAGCUUAUACAUUCGUCAAUCGUUUGGUUCCAGACAGUAACGGAGUGUAGUAUAGGGGGUAACUAAGGAAGAGGGUAAC